AUGUCCGAGCUCUUCGACAGCUACGCAUCCGAUCUCGACCAACUCAAGCAGGGCAUCAGACAGAAGCUCGAGCAGGCAAAGUCGCAGAAUGGCGAAGCGAAGAAGUCGACGCUGCGAAGGGCAGAGAUGGAGCUCGAGGAGGCUGACGAGGUGAUCUCUCAGAUGGAUAUCGAAGUGCAGGGCUUUCCGCAAUCCGUACGCUCACGCUACUCGGUACAGAUCAGAGGCUUCAAGCAAGAGGUUCAAGCGUUGACAAAGGAGGUGCGAUCCGGUCUCUCGUCAUCCUCGGGUGGGUCACGCGGAGCCUACGAUCCUGCCUACGCCGACGACGAUGCGGAUCUCGAAGCCGCCGACUCUGCCACGGCGAAUCGUCAGAGGUUGUUGCAAGGCACCGCCUCGCUCGAAGACGGAACCCGAAGGCUCGAAGAAUCCAACCGUCUCGCUCUCGAGACAGAAGAUUUGGGCGCUGAUAUCCUCCGUGAUCUCCGAAGUCAAAGGGAGCAGAUCGAGAAUUCGAGAGACACACUACGACAAGCGGAUCAGAGCAUCGACCGUUCUUCCAAGACUUUGUCCAAGAUGAUCCGUCGGUACGUAGUCACUCAUGACUAG